GCCAACACACACACCAUGGGCGCCCCUUUCGACUUUGCGCCCGAGCGGCCCGAACACAUCGAGAGCAUUCUCAAUGGACUCGACCGAUACAAUCCCGAAACGACGGCCGUUUUCCAGGACUAUGUCAUGCAGCAGUGCGAAAGCCAGACGUAUGACUGCUUUGCCAACCUGGCUUUGCUCAAACUAUACCAGUUCAACCCUCACCUCAACCGGGAUGAGACCAUCACCAACAUCCUCGUGAAAGCCCUCACCGUUUUCCCCAGCCCCGACUUUUCUCUUUGCUUGUCGCUCCUUCCCAGCCACACACUUGCCCCGCUCGGCAGCUCAUCACAUACCCCUGCUGCUGGCGACGCGCCGCUCUCAGAAGCUGUUCAAAAGCUCAACGAGCUCAAGAACCUGCUCGAGGGUGCUGAUUACACCCAGUUUUGGGCGACCCUAGACUCGGACGAUCUCUACGCCGACUUGGUUGCAGAUGUAUCUGGUUUCGAGGAGCUCAUGCGUGUGCGCAUCGCCGCUACAGUAAGCCAGGCCGUCCGUGAGGUUGAGCGGAGCAUCUUAGAGAGCUGGCUGAAUCUCGAGGGCAAGGAAUUUGAGCACUUCGUUGGCACCGUAUGUGGGUGGAACGUCGACGGAAACAAGAUCAAGAUACCUAUCAACAAAGACAACGAGGCUAAGGGUACCGUUGUGAGAGAGAACGUCAAAUUUGACCAAUUCUCGAGGAUAGUCAAGAGAGCUUAUGAGCAGCCAGCAUAA